AUGGAGAUUCAUUCUGCUUCCGAGUUCAUUGCUGAAUCUGAAACGGUUUCUGUUUGUCUCAAAUGUGGCAACCAAGGCUUUGAAGAAACAUUGGUAUAUUGCUUCAAAUGUCAACAUUAUGCACUGCAUAGGUAUUGUUUAGAUGAGCCUGUGGUUUUUACAGAUGAUGUUAUUUGGUUUUGCGAGGAAUGUGAAGGAGAGGUAAUCGAUGUAGAUUUUUCUGAUAACGCGAUUGUAGAUUCAGAAAACGAUGAAGUUCGUUUCAGGGAGGAAUGUGAUCGAGAUAAUGCAGAUUUGGAGAAUGUUGAUGUUGAGGAUUGUGACGUAGAGGUAAUUGACGUAGAUAAUUCUGAUAACGAGGUGGCUGAUCCUGAUCCGCAUCAUAUUGCUGAUCCAAUAUGGAUGGGAAGUUUGCAGCUUAGCAACAAAAGCUUUGAAUUAAUGGCCUAUUUCUCCAGUCUAGCAUGCCCUGAAGUUCAUGAAUUGACAAGACAUCUUCCUAAUGUGUUUUAUGCUGACUUUCUUCAAAGAUCAGCUGUAUGGCCAAUUCGUUUCAGGAAAGUUGGAGCAAAAAAUGAAAACAUUGGCCUUUAUUUCUUUCGUGAGAAUGAAAGGGUUGAGAGAUUUUUUUACUAUCUAGUUUAUGAAAUGAUUUCCAAUGAUCAUGCCAUAAGAGCCGAUGUUGAAGAAGCUGAGCUUUUAAUUUUUUUCUUCUACAGUGCUUCCAAGUGA